CUAGGAAACACUAGCUAAGCUGCAGGCUCGGUGGUGGCUGGAUCUGAUCACCAUGAGAGUUAUCACCGCUGCUGUAUUAAAGCUUAGCAGCAGGGUCAGCCUCCCCACUAAUGUUCCAGUAAAUGCUUCAUAUGGAAUUUGGAAAUUACCCAGAUCUAUUGCAGCAGGAAAACAUGGAUAUACGACACAAUCUGACAGGCCAAUCAGUCGCUAUCCUAUUCCGUACAAAAAAGACUUACCGUAUGAUAUAGCGGAAUUGAUGGAAGAUGUAGAGAGGAAGAGUGAUUUCUUGCCAAAUGUUUUUAAAGUAAUGGCACAUCGACCAGAUGAGUUCAGAGCAUUUUUUGCUUAUUAUAAUGUCAUUAUGAACAAGGAUACUGGCAAUUUAUCCAAAGCUGAUAAAGAGCUAAUAAUUGUAGCAACCAGCGCACACAACAAAUGUCCAUAUUGUGUAACAGCUCACAGUGCAUUACACAGAAUAUAUUCAAAGAACAAAACAUUGGCUGACCAGGUUGUUGUCAACUGUGAUCUAGCUGAUCUUGGCCAGAGAGAACGUGCCAUGCUAGAGUUUGCUUUGGCAAUUGCUAAACCUGAAAACAUAACGGAGAAGCACCUCAGCAAACUGGAAGAAAAUGGCUUGGACCGUGAAGAUGCCUGGGAUAUUGCCAUGGUUACUGCCUUUUUUGCCAUGGCCAAUCGUAUUGCUCACUUAACUGAUAUGCGACCCAAUGAAGAGUUUUAUGCCCUUGGGAGACUUCCCAAAGAAAAAUCUGAAGAACCAAAAUAAAUGAGUUGUGUGACAAAACUGCUUCAUAUUAUGUAGGCAAGUGAUCAGUCUCCAAUGAAUUCAUUAGUAAACAUCUAAUACUCAGGUAUUGACUAAUCUCACAAAAUGAAAGUUCGCACACUUCUUUGUGUUUAUUAUGUACUACAGCACUAAGCUUGAAUUAAAGUGUAACAGUUGUAAUAUGGUUACUGGUUUAAUGACCUAUAGCGUCAUCCAGGUAUGUUUUACUGACACCUUAACUCUAAUAAUUUGAAUAAUGUAAAUAAAAACAAUGAAUACUGAAAUAAGUAUAAUAAGCAACAA